UGUGAUACGAAAGUACAUCAACUUUAAUCGACUUUUAUUCAUAUUUCUACAUAUUUGUUGUAAAAAAAAUGAUUAUUUUCGUAUGUAAAUGCAUCUCGUUAUUUCGGAACAAUUCACAACUCAAUUUCGGUAAAAAUGGCGCUUGUGAUACUUUGCCGGGAAGGUGACGAAUUGUUGGGAAUGUCGCAUUAAAUCUUAUGUCUAAUUAGUUUACGUCUAAUUAAUCGUUUAGGCCUAAUUAGUCUGGGUCUAAUUAGUUUGGGUCUCCGACUUAAACGUUACUAACGUUAUUAGGCGUGCACGUUCGUGUGAUAAUUAUUUCAUUUCAUCACAUCUUGUUCCACGCAGAGAGCAAUUAGAAUGUAAUAAAUUUCUUUUUUCUAUUUUGUAUAGUGUAAAUAGUAGGAUACGUGUACAGUGUACAUAGGAAACGUGCACAGUGUAUAGUUUUUGUGCGAAGAUUUGUGGCAAACGAGAAACGAACAUGUCAGAGCCUUACGCGCUCGUGAAAUUUCCCGAUGAUGAGCCAAAUGAUCAGCCGGUGGCAGUGCCACAAAGCUUCGUUAAGGACUUCGAUCCAUCCAACUUUAAGCGUAAUAUGGUCGCCAAAGUGUUUUGGAGUCCUGUCGACGGAGAGACUCCCACCGACAUCAUGAGAGAGCAGGGGAGGGUCCUCGAUCUGACUGAAGUACUGGACUCGGAUGGCUCCAAUGAACCGCUAGCAGGUUACUAUAGGGCCAUAGUCCUACAAAUAGCUGAGUCACGAAGAAAGUUGACGGAAUUAGGUGAUAAGAGGAUCAUUAUUCCGACAAAAAAAGCCUUUUUAAGAGGCCUUGAACUGAAAGCAGACAAAGGACCACCCAAGAAAAAGGUGAAAGGAACAACUAAAUCAUCCAAUCCUGGCUAUGUCUCGAAGGCAAAAUUGAAGAAAGCUGUGAAGGCAAGUGACAGCAUUACAACUAGCACAUGGGAAAAAAAGUACAAGAAAGAGCCUGAACAGUCCGACACCACAGAUUCUGGAGACGAAAUCGUGCUGAAAAAAGAUGUCAAAGAAGAAUUGCUGGCUAAAGAAAUCCAACUCAAGAGCUGCUUAAAAGAAAACAAAAAGUUGCAAGAAGAACUGGAAGCUAUGAGAGAACUUAACCGUUUUUGGCAAAGGAAGUAUGCUGAUGAUUGUGAAAGGAAUGAGCCAUUACCGGAUAUAACCAAUUUGGCUACUUCUGGGUUGCAAGAAGUAAAGGAAGCGAGUACUUCAACAUUGAAAAGCAAGGUGUGUGCAGGUUUUUCUGAAAUACAAGUGAUGAAGCAAGUGACCAAUACAGCAUCAUUGAAAACCAAGAUUCCUAGUGGUAUUCAUGACUUGAAUUCCAAGAAGCAAGCCACUACUAAGGAGCAAACAAAGAACUCGGUACAAAUUUUGAACGCGGAGGAGCAAUUUUCUACAUGUGGAAUGAAGGAUGACGACGAUGCAAUAUUCCAAAAUGAUGAUGCUAUUCUUCUUGAGGAGGAAAAAAUGCCACGUUCAGUCGAGGC